GCUACCCAUUGCGCAACCGCUCCCCAUACUUACACAAAAAAGACAAAGACCCCCGUAUAGCCUUAACAAACUGUUGGGGCAAGUGCUGUUAUCGAGCACCUAUAAAGGCCAGAACGGCACACAACGGGGUGGGUGGCCAGCACCACGCCCGGCCGCCUUUGUCUCCCUAGUGGUGAUGUUUUUACGUAACCGCUCCAGGUACUCAUUUGAGGCUGAGUCGACCUAGGGGGGGGGCCCAGAACCGGUUCAGAUAAUCGCCACUGGUGCCGGCCGUGAGCGGGAAUCGAACCCGGGUGGCCAGGUUCGUCGCUGAGCGCGCUAACCGCUACGUUACCGCUCCUCACAAUACUUACACAUACACACAGACACGCACAUACACACAGACACGCACAUACACGCACACACACACACACGUGUACUCCUCACACACGUGGGAUUCACUUCUUGGCCGCGUCACUCAACGACCACUUCAACAGACAGAGCCGCAACCCGACCCCAGAUAUUAAACCGAGGUCGAUAUCAUCUGCUCCUUGUGGCAUUUAAACACCAGCAGCAACAACAACACUAACAACAACCACAACGACACUCACAAUAUCAACAACCUGAAACGAAAUCUUCGUUAUCCAUGAUCUAUCCACUGCUGGACGAAGGACUUCUCCACACAUCGCCUCACUUUGCCACUGCCACGGUCUCCCUGCUGGGCAGGCUUUGCUUCAUGAGAACAUCGCCGCCUCUGUAUCGUCAGCAACAUCACAUCAGCGGCGCAUCGUCACUGCUGCUGCUGCUGCAAGAGAAGUGUCUGCGGUGAGUCUCACACUGACUCGGACGGCAGGAACCUGGGGCAGAGGGAGGCCGCGUCAACCCCUACCCCACUCUCAUUCCACCCAUCCGCGACAUCUCCCCCGUGACCCCAGCUCCCCCGCGGACCCCCGUUCCAUUACCCCCGUCCACUCAACAGGGACUCUGCAGCAACUGCUGCAGCAUUAGCAGCAGCAGCACGUAGGGACGAAGAGGAGGCGAUAGAAACUCUUCGGCUCUCCUCCAGUCAGAGCCGUGCACCAGUGGAAACGUACUGGACCGUGCCAGGCCGAACCGGGACUGGUCCGGACCGGGUCUGGACCGGGUCUGGGCCGGGCCAGGCAGCAUGAUGGUGUCCUACCUCAAGCAAGGCCCUUACGCCAUGAGCGGCCUCGGGCUGCACCCUGGAGGUGGCAUGGAGCUGCUGCAUCCCUCCGUGGGGUUCCCCGGCGCGCCGCGCAAGCAGCGUCGCGAGCGCACGACGUUCACGCGCGCGCAGCUCGACAUCCUGGAGUCGCUCUUCUCCAAGACGCGCUACCCCGACAUCUUCAUGCGCGAGGAGGUGGCGCUCAACAUCAACCUGCCCGAGUCGCGCGUGCAGGUGUGGUUCAAGAACCGUCGCGCCAAAUGCCGCCAGCAACUACAGCAGCAGCAGCAGGGGCAGCAGGGGGGAGGAGGAGGUGGUGGGGGAGGAGGGAGCUCCCAAGCCAAGCCCCGCCCACCUAAGAAGAAGAUGUCUCCAAUGCGCGAGGCGUCGGGUGAUGCUCCUCCACUCUUCCCUUCCUCCUCAGCGGCAGGCAGCGUGGCUCCCGUCAACGGAGGUGGAGGCUCCUCGUCCUCCGCCGCUGCACCCACCGCGACCCCCUGCACCUCCGCCGCUAGCACACCGUGCUCCAGCUCCGGCUCCAUCUGGAGCCCCGCCUCCGCAUCCCCCCCCUCCAUGGAGCCCGCGCCUUGCCCCAACCCCCCCGCUCAUCAUCAUCAUCACCAGCAGCACCAGCAGCAGCAGCAUCAUCAGCAGCAGCAGCAGCAACAGGGCGCUUCCCCAAACUCAACAACGUCUGGGCAGAGGCUGCCCGCUUACGCAACCUCGUUCACUCAUCUGCAAACCGCGGCUCAUUACAUGGGGUGCUCAGCUGGUUCCACGUACGGAUCUGGUGGUGGUGGUGGUGCGUAUUUUGGUGGUGGUGGUGGUGGUGGUGGCGGUGUGGUGGACCCGUGCGGUGUCGCCAUACACGGCCUCUCCGGCGCCUCUCUCAGCCCGCUUAUCCAACAACAAAGUCACCAUCACCAACAUCAUCAGCAACAUCAGCAGCAGCAUCAGCAGCACCAGCAGCAGCAGAAUCACAGUAAUGGCAGCAGCAGCAUCAACCUUCAGCAACACCAGCAAGUGUUGACUCACCACCAGAGCCAUCACCACCACCAUCAACAGCAUCAGCAUAAUCAGCAACAUCAUCAUCAUCAGCAGCAUCAAGGGCAGCACCUGCAGACUUUGAGCCCCCUUUGUCAGUCUCCUUCUGCGCUGAGUUUGGGGUCCCCAGGAUUCCCAGGCGCUGCUUUUGGGGGUCCUGACCCCUACCUGGGUGACUAUAAGGACCCCUCAACUUGGAAACUGGGGUUCGGUGCCCCAGACCCCUACCUGAGUGACUACAAGGAGCAACAGGGACUCACCACGUGGAAGUUCCACGUGCUCUGACGAUGAGACGGGCGCGCUGGCCAUCGUGUGUGGGGGAGGGGGGGUGGUGGAUCGGGCAGAGAAUGAUCAUCUUCGACCGUCCUGCGCGCCGAGACUCCCGUUUUUUGAUGGGGCCACGAGAUGGUGAAGGCCAAGGUCGAGAAGUCAGCGUGGCCAAAGCCGUCGGUGCCACCACCGCCGCCGCACCUCCUCACUCACCACCAACGCGUCCAUCCCCUCUGGCAGUUCCAACAGCUCCUCUCUACGGUCGACACACGGCUAGCUCCCAGACCGUCAACCCACCGUCAUCUCCCCUCCCAAGGUCUUCUCUUCCUCGCUUGCUUUGCCGGACUCGUGGAGUGCCCAUCUCAGCGGUCGGCUCCCCGGCUUCGUCCCAGUCACGCGCGCGCGUGUGCCGUCCAGCGGAACCGUUUUUGAAAUGUUUUGUUUAUUCUUCCAAAAAAAUCGUAUUUGAGUCAGCUACCUGCCACCUUCUCUGCUCGAAUGCAGCAUUUUCAAUUCCUAGCACCCGUCUCGGACGCCCGUGCUCAAACGCAAGCAGUACAUAGACGCGAUUGUUGAAUCUAUCUGUGCGGAGUCCGGAGUCCUCCCCCGCCACUCGUAUAACAUGCAUGGUGGAGUUUCUCCGGCUCUGCGGUUUCCUUCCCAGGAAGCAAAGAGACUCCGUAUUUUAAAAAUGGAGUCUUGAGUCUCGGCGAGGCUUUGCCGUGUAAAGUACAUUUAUGACGCGCGCUGCGUAUGGGUUUAGAUUCGUUACCCGUCUACGGUUCAUGAUCAUCGCCUGUGGCAUGAUAAGUGGACGAACUUGACCCCAGGGCAACCUCUAGGUCGACUCGGCCCAACAUUUGUACAGCAGUACCUUGUGCCGCGGCGGGUGCGGUUGCCGAAACUUCGGCGACACUGGAAAGACAAAGACGGUCGGGCGUGUUUGCAAAUAUGGUGCUGACCCGAUAACACACCACCCAUCGUGAUAUAUAUUGUUAGCAGUACCGACCUUAAUAGGUGCUCGCUAACAGCACUUGCCAACAGUAUUAUUUUUUGAAACAUCUCGACUAUGAGUUUGGUCGCUUCUAAGGGUAAACAUUGUGAGUCUGUGUUCGUGAGUCCGACACGUCAAUGUAAACAUAUUCAGUAAGUAGUGCGAUGCACUAACCUUUACCUUACACGGUACAUAAUUACAUUAUUCACUUGCCAACCCUAUGGAUUUUAAGGGGUAAGCUGCCGAUUUUUUCAUCCUUUUACCACGAAAGGCCAGAUGCUGCCACGGUGGGAUAUUGGCCCACACAGCGGACUUGCAGUCCACAGAAAGCGCUCAGGUUCAAUUCUAUCUCCCGGCGCGGCAACUGAAACAAUGGGGGCGAGUUUCUUAAAUCUCCUCGCCCCCCCCCCCCACGCUCUCUCUGCCUCCCGCCCCCCUUCCCCCAGCCCCCCUCGUCUAUCUGCACAGCAGUAGAAAUGUGUUGUGUGUACGUACGUAGAACUUCUUUCGCAACGUACGUAGCCAACCGUGCUAAUCCGAGGUGCGGGGUGGGGACGACAACAAACGAUCAUCGACUAUCAGUGGUGAACCCAUUGUUAGUGGUGAACCCAUUGUUAGUGGUGAACCCACUGAACCCAUUGUCAGUGGUGAACCCAUUGUUAGUGGUGAACCCAUUGUUAGUGGUGAACCCAUUGAACCCAUUGUCAGUGGUGAACCCAUUGUUAGUGGUGAACCCACGAAACCCAUUGUCAGUGGUGAACCCAUUGUUAGUGGUGAACCCACUGAACUCAUUGUUAGUGGUGAACCCACUAAACCCAUUGCCAGAGGUGAACCCACUGUUCGUCGAUGAUCAUUGUUUGAAAAAUCAUAUUAGUUUGGCAGGAAGGGAAAAACAAUGGGGUUACAAGUGGGCAGACGGAACCGCUUACACCUGUACGGUUGGCAAGUUCGUAUGGUGAACAUAGUCAUAAUAAUAAUAUAAUAGUCUGUGUAUAAUGAUUAAUUGUGUUCACGCUACAGUGGAGCCAGAUUAUAUAUAUGUGUGUGUGUACGCUGUAUGCGACGCGGUUUGUACAAUACGUCUAUAGACUAUCGAUAUAAGACAAACGCCAACGUUAAGUUGAGCACCAAGUCUUAAACAUUCCGAUUAUUAUUGUUGUAUUAAAUAUUAUUAUUUAUUUAUUCUAGGGUAGACGAUGCCUCCUCCGUCCGUCGUCACGAAAACAAUCGACGGGCGUCAUCAUCGAUUAAUGGGUUACUUGACAUCGAUUCUCAGUUUCACCGAGCGGGCGCAAAAACUCGGGCCCCCCCCCCCCCGCGUCCGUAUUCUGGGGUCACGACCUCGGCACUGGCACGGCUCCUGCUCGGGCUCAACGGAGCCACCACAGCUCAAAGCCACGCGCUUGGCUUGAGCCGUGGUGCCGGCCUUGAGUUGCAACACUCUGAGCAGCACCCCUCCCUCCCCACCGUGUGCCCUUCACUGUGUCUCUCUCUCUGCAUGGUCCCAGACGCAUAGCUGUUACCCCAUACGAUUUACCGCGUAUUCUUGUCCAGGGAAAUUGAAUUUUUAAGUCCAUAUGGUGUAUAUUCGUUUCGAUCCGGGCACAUUUUUGCGUCUCUUUGUUUGUGUUUCUCUCCUUGUGAUGGGACUUUGUAGGAUGAACGUUGAGAUUUAUAAGGACACAGGGUAACCAAUACGGUCUAAAUUGGUCUGUAAUAAGGUAGGGCACUGAUGAGGGGGUUGACACCGAUGCACACGUGCCCAGCAUUUCCCAUGAGCCGAGCCGUGGUGGCCGAGCCGCUCACUCACGCGGUGUUUGGAAGCUCCCCGAGCCGGCUCAAGACUCGAGCCGGCUCAAGUCUCGAGCCGAGCCCAAGCCGCGUUUGAGGCCGAGCCAGAGGCCGAGCCAGAGCUAGAGCCUGAACCGAGACCCCUCUGUCUGUUUAUCGACACGUGGGUUGCUGCUGCUGCUGCUGCGGAAUGUAAUUGGUUGGUGUGACCCCCAGCAGCCACGAGAUGCCGCUACAUGCACAGUAGUGUUAGUUCAAUAUGAUGUAUUGAAAAUUCCCGGGUAUUCUGCGGAUUGUAACACGAGAUGCUGCGGAGGAGAAUAAGACGCACACCAGCCCCAGACUUCAAAAAUAGCAUGUUUAAAAGUGCGUCUUGUACUCCGCUCCCCAUUGUGAACCCAUUGCGUGGUUACGCUAUUCGGCAUGGGCUGCUGAUGGACUGGAUCAGGGGGAGGUUCACAACGGCCGCAUCGGAGCCACCGAUCCCAGCGCGGAUGGGUUCGUAAAUCCCGGUUCUCGAGUGUGGCGAUGUGAAUUGGUCUCGGCGUGGUCACCAACGACUGCACAACGUAAAAUAAAGUUUGUUUUUAGCAAAAAGAA